GCGGCGGGGACCAUGGAGAGUGCGGGCGAGAACCGGAGGCCCGUGGCGGCCAAGCCCGGGCCCGGCGUACGAGAGAUGGGGAACCGGAGGCCGCUGGGGGAGAUCAACAACGUCAUGGGGGCGCGCCCCUACCCCUGCGCGAUCGCCAAGAAGCCGAUGCUAGAGAAGAAGACUGGGAGGGACGAGCGGAAACCUUCGCCGGUGAGCCGCCGGCCAGUCACGAGGAACUUCGCGGCCUCCUUGGGGAACAGAGAGCAGCCUGGCCGUCAGGCCACCGCGGCACCGCCCGGAUUCGGUCCCAAGAACGAGCGCGUCACCACCGACACUGACGACGAUGUUGAGUCCGAGUCGGUCGACGACGCUGAUAUGGACGAGAACGAGUUCGAGGAUGCUGCUUCGGAGGAUGAUGAAUCCCUCAUGGACAUCGACAGUGCUGACGCGGGGAACCCGCUUGCCGCGACUGAGUAUGUCGAGGAGAUGUACAAGUACUACUGGGAAAAUGAGGAAACAAGCUGUGUGCGUCCUGAUUACAUGUCCAGUCAAGGAGACAUAAAUCAAAAGAUGAGAGCUAUUCUGAUAGAUUGGCUCAUUGAGGAAGUCGCAGUUCCGGUUGUUGAAGAUCUAGUGAUAAUAUCUGACCGGGCUUAUACGAAAGGAGAGGUUCUGGAAAUGGAAAAGUGGAUUUUAAACACUCUGGAGUUUAACAUGUCUGUACCAACACCAUAUGUGUUUUUGAGAAGGUUUCUGAAGGCAGCAGAUUCUGACAGGAAGCUACAUCUCGUUUCAUUCUUCAUGCUGGAGCUAUGCCUGGUUGAAUACCAGAUGCUCAAGUACCGCCCUUCCCUGCUUGCUGCCGCUGCGGUUUACACUGCACAACGUGCUAUCAGUCGCUGCUGGCAAUGGACAAAGGUCUGCGAGAUGCAUAGCAGAUACACUAGAGAUCAGCUCAUUGAGUGCUCCAACAUGAUGGUACAGUUCCACCAGAAUGCCGGUGGUGGCAAGCUUACAGGCGUGCACAGGAAAUACAGUACAUUCAAGUUCGGGUGUGUAGCAAAAGUGCAGCCUGCAGACUUCCUGCUGGGUUAAAAAUGGGGUGAAGAAACUUCUGGUACAAUCUAGGGCAAUCUAUUCCUCUGGAUGGAUUUAGCUGUUACUAUGAAAACAUGCAGAACUUCGUGUGUUGAUGUUGCACAAAAGUGCAGCAGGUUUCAUUACAGCAUGCUCCUGUCGAUGUAAUAAUCUUGGUAGUCAGUACUUAAGUUACUCUGCGGCUAAUAAUAAGUUUAGCCUUUGUUAAGUAGUAUCUUUGAACCUUAUAAAGAUC